UGGAAUCCAGGCAUGGACGCGCUGAAUGUCGCAUCGCCCUCCUCACUCCUCGCUCUCCUCACUUUUACGUCUUUAUUGUCUCGCAGCUUUUCGCCCGGCAGGCUGGUCGCUCGUCUGCGAUUUUGAGACGCCGCGGCCCGUGCACUGCAAGUGAGCGAAGCGGCGGGCGAGCUUUCUCUCUUUGUCAGCACGAGGUGCACUUCCGCUCGCCUCCGUCAUUUCAACAAGUUGGCUUCGCAUCCACUCCUUCCCGCCAAACCUGGUUUCCUCUGCUCACAAUGAUAGCAAGCAGCGAGGGUCGUGCUGCCCUUCGCCAUGGCAGACAGCUGCUCAAGACGCCUCUGCCUCGCCAGAGCCGUAGCUAUGCUACUCACGGCUCCGCUUCCUCCUCCACCUCUGCAAAGCCACCAUCCAGAUCACUCGUCUGGGCCGCUUCAGCCAUUGGCUCAGCGGUAGCAAUCUCGUACUACACUUCUCGCCCGCCGCUCCUCAAUGAAGCUCUCGCCGGAGUAUCAUCAAGCCCAAAUCCAGUCAAUGACAUCAUCACCCCGACGACCAUGACACAGCCGGAGCAAAUGCGUGACCGAGCGCAAAAGCAGGGCGUCUACGCAUGGGGAAGCAACCGAUACAACGUCGUUGCCCCCGAUGCCCCACUCACUACCCUCAUCAAGACACCUCGCUCCAUUCCGUUCUUCCACGGUGUCGCUCUCCGUGAUGUCGUCCUCGAAGAGAAGCACGGCGUAGCAGUAGACGUGCAUGGCGACGUCUUGCAGUGGGGGCUGGGCUUCUUCGAUGCCACAUCCCGUGCUUUGGCUGGCGAUAUCGAGGAGGCACCGCUUGGCAGGCGAAGAGAGAAAGAGAGGGCAAACGAAUUGUCCCCUCGUGGUAGUGACGCUGCUCGUCCACGAGACCCGAUCAAGACGCUCGUUGGCAAGGACAUCGUUCGCGUAGCCGCCACCGACGAGAAAGUUGUUGCUCUCAGCAGGAAGGGCGACGUCUACAUCUUCUCUGCCAUUCAGGAGCGACAGAAGCCCACAAAUACCUCUAAGCCGUGGAGCGCCAAUCCUCUAUCCCUCUUUGGCACUCUGGCCGGCCCGCAGAUCGACUUUGAGAAAGUGACAAUGGCGCCCAGUGUACAACUCGAGAGAGGCGAUCGCGUCUCUGAGAUUCAGACGGGGGCUUCCCACCUCACCGCGCUGACGCAAAAGGGUCGCGUCCUCUCGCUACCUAUCGACGACAAAGGCAAUGCAUUCGGACAGCUGGGCUCGCGUCGAGUCCUCCUCAACUCGCCUGCCACGCCGGACACCAAGCCUUCCCAGGUGGAGACCGUCAUGGAGCCGCGCCUCCUUGCACAGAUGACCGACCCUGCCCAACCUCCCAACGCUACCCUUCUGCCCUCGUCGCGUCUGCCCCCUACUGCUCCCGAGUCCAACACAACCUCAAAGCCACAGCCUCCGGCCGUAGGCACGGCUACUGACCCACCACCACCCCCUCAGCCCCUCACUGAGCCCGCUUCUUCCAUUCGAUUUUGCACGACUCUCUCAGAAAUCCCCAGCCUCCGUCAAGUGCCUGUCAGCCAAAUCGCCGUAGGCAACGAGCACUGCCUCGCGCGCACGCCCGACGGCCGUGUCCUAGCGUGGGGUCGUCACACUCACGGUCAACUCGGGCUCGGUGUAAAUUUUAGCAUCGAAUGUAUCCCCGUCCCCUCAGAGGUGGUACUGGCUCGCUGCUUCCCGAGCUCGUCGCGCGAUGUGCGCUGCACAAAUCUGGCCGCUGGAGGCGACAACAGCUUCUUUGUCACCGAGAGAAGGGAGGAGGGCAAGCUCGGCACGGGAAAGAGCAUCGAUGUGCUUGCGGCAGGAAAGGGACAGUGGGGCACGUUGGGCAAUGCGAUGUGGAGCCAGGUCAAGCCUGACCCGACGAGAGUGAAGACGGUCAGCGGGUUGUUGGAGUACUCUGAGCGCACCGCCCUCACUCACCCUGUCCCGAUCCACAGCAUAUCAGUUGGCAAGCCCGGCCAUGUAGCCAUCGUACUGGACACGGUCGACACGGAGGGGCACGUCGCGUUCGGGCGAGACGUGAUGGUGUUUGGCCACAAUGCCGCCUAUCAGCUGGGAACGGGCAAGCGCUCCAACUUGUGCGUCCCGCAGCACUUGCAUCCCCUCCCACCGCCUACGCCUGCGCCGGGUGCGCCCACGCCUGAGAAUCCUGCAUUGAGUUCCGAGAGGAACAAGCUGGUCGAGGCGGAUCUUAACUCUGGAGCGUUGACGCAUAUGCCGCACAAUCGCCUUCAACUUGCCUCAACGACCAAGUCGAAUACUCGUGGCCCUCGCAAAGAGGACGGCUCGCAAGGCAAGGAGAAGAAGGGGGUGCACGUCGAAGAGCGCAUCUCGGCGGGGACGGUCAGCAUGGCUAUCUGGUGGAAGGUGGACGCUUAGGCAUGAGCUGUGAUGAGC